CACUAAGACAGACCUGACCAAUCCAUCUUAUCAUUGUGUGAACAUGACCAGAGUAAACAGAGUCUCUCCAGGUGUAUACACACACUGUGUGCUUAACAGGCAGGGAGAGGAAUUUUCAGCCAUGCCUUUUCCAAGUACUGGAUCUAUACCAGGCAUGAGUCACCUACACUGCUGUGAUGAAUACAUGUAACCACAGAGGCUUUUAUAUGUCUGGGUUGGUUUUGCUGUUCUCUUUAUAACUGCUGUGAUAUCAUCAUAUACACAUGGAGGAGGACGUUAAAUCUUGUGAAAUUAAUAGACCGACAACUUUAGCAAUGUCCACCUGUGAAGAAAGAAGUGCUCUCAGUGGGUUUGGAAAUCCACUCUGUACUCCUAGAGGGGAGGAAAACACAUCCCCUGGGCCAACAGGAGUGUCACCAGAGUCACAAGAACUGUCACCAAGGUCCCAAGAAAGACUAAGGCAGCUUAAAAUAGAUUUGUCACAAGGGAAAGCUAAACUUGAAUAUGACAAGAAUAACAAAGUCCAUGUGAAUUACUGUGAUGAUAAAUCUGGCCAAUUCAAAAUGAAAGAUAUUGGCAAAGUAUUAGAAACUGACCAGGAAAAUAAAGAAGAGGUGUUGAAUCGUGUAAUGCAGGUCAUUGAGUUCAUGAAAUCCCAAAAUGCACCACAGGGUGUGGCUUUAAACUCUGCAAAGACUAAACCACAGUAUGGAUACUAUGAAAAAGGUCAGCAUUAUACAAUGAACAUGGAUCAAAUUUUGGGAGGAGGAGUACAUGGGAAAGUUGUUAUGGUCUAUGAUGAAAAAACUGAAGAAAAGUCAGCCUUUAAAAAGGUAAUGUUACUAGACUUCAGGGAGGAGGAGAUAAGAGCUUGGGUGGCUAUGGAAGAUAAUCCACAUUUUCCAGAGCUGUACAUGCUAAAAGUAGAGGGAGAUAAAGUAUUAUUAUUCAUGGAACCCUUACAGCCAAAAAUAACUUUGACUGAAGUCAUAGACCAGUAUUUUUCCCAGCUUCAACAACAAGGUCCAGCAGCCCAGUGGUCAUUUUCCAUCUUUGUGGUCAAAGGUCUACUUGAAGCCAUCCAAGCUCUUCAUGAAAAGGGAUACACACACAAUGAUCUUCACACUGGCAACAUUCUCCUUGAAGACACCAAGUCUAGUAUGGAAGUCAAGGUUGUUGACCUUGGCCUUGCUGAGGUCAUUCCUAAUCCACUGACAGUGACCAGCAAGGCCAAGGUCACAGAUGACCUGUGGAACAUCCUGAGAACUUUCAUUGCACUUUGUGCUGGGUAUACAUUUGAAUCCACUUAUGAAAUGACAAAACACUGGAGGGAUGCAUUACAUUAUGUUGAUGAAUCAUUUCGUAAAGAAUUUGAGGAAAUUGUUGCUUUUUGCAUUGAUGCUGCUUUAAACUUUGCUACGGAGCUUCCAGCUGGAAAACUACUUAAUAAAUUGAAUGAGGCUGGAGACAUUGCUGAAGACCUGAAAGAUUGCAUGAGUGUUUUGAAAGGUAUCUUCUUUAGUGAUGGUUUCAUGCCAAUUCACCCAGAUCAGACAGACAAGACGACUGCAGAACCCCAGGCUGUCUUUGGGGUCAAUGACACACUGAGCAAGGAAGUGCAUAUGAAUUUAACUGAGGAGCAAAAAAUCGCAAUUGAAAAGCUUUUCAAGCAAAAAGGAUGGUCAAGUCCGAUUAAAUGUGAAGAAUCAAGUGUCCUGGAAAGAAAUUUCAAUAAGAUGGAUCUUUUGGAAACGGAUGGAAUAGAAGAUACACAGUGUGACAGUUUGGACACUACAGAUGGGCACAGUGUAGACCUGACUGACCAUAAGGCUGGCAACAGUAUGGACCAGAAACCUGCCUAUAGGUCUUUAAGAAUGACGUAUCUGAUGGGAAGACUUCAUGAGUUAGAGCUCAAUCUGUCUCAUUAAACUGCAGAUAUAACAAGGGGGGGUAGUGUUCAUAUGGGUUACUUUGCAAAUUAAAAUAAAAUUAUGCAUGAAUUUGAUUUAGGGCAUGCUGCAAAAUAGCAUUGACAAUCUUUUAUGCUUUUUUAAAAACUUUUGUGAGAAACAAAUGGGUAGUUUUCAUGCAGUGCAAGUGUAGAGCUGUCUUAGAGAAACCUGAUUGAUAAAUAGAUUAACCUACAUGAGUAAGAGUUAUGCCUCUCUCAUUAAAAAAAUAGUAUUAUAAUGUGACCUAUGGAUUGGCCAUAUGUUUGUGCCUUGUGAUAUACCCUUUACUAGGUUACAAGUUAUUUAUGUAUAAAACUGAGUCAGAGCUGUAUCUGUCUCCUAUAGACCAGUAUGAGUGUCUAGAUUUACGUCUUUAUAAUUAGCAAUCAAAAUUCCAUUUUAAAAUACAAUUUUAUAUAAGAUAUGCAUAAAGUUUGAAAUGGAGUGAAGCAAUAACCGCAAGAAAUAUUGGUGCUAUGGUAUUUUAACAAAUGAUAUCAUAUCCAUCGGUUUUAUAAGCCUGGAAUAGUCUUAUUAUAUGGUUCUUCUGAUUUAUCCAAAAUGUUUCAAGAGGUGUUUAAAAUAUUGCAUCUCUGAAUCCCUUUAUUUAUGACUUUGACAAAUUGCAUUUUAAUAUUUUUUAUAAGCCUUGCUGCUGAAAUGGGGAUUUCUUUCUCAUUUUCUUAUAUUUCCUACA